CUGUACAAUCAACUUUCUAUAACGGUGAACAAAAAAAGUGCUGCAUAAAUAUAUUGCAAAUUUUGGGAACAUUUGCUAAAUGAGUUAACGCGAAUGCGUAAUGGCAAAGGAUUUUAAGAACGUUUAACACAAAAUCGUCAUAAAUUACUCGGAAGUCAUGAACAUCGAUAGUAUUAUUUUGAUUUUAUUGGUAACUCUAUUAACGAUUGUAUCGCCUUCCUAUAUAGAGAGGCCGGAAGGAGGAUGCACGGAAAAAACGAUAGCACAGAACGUGUAUCUGUACUCGUGUAGCGGCGAACACGUCCAAUGGAUUCCGAAGUUAGGCGCCGAGCAGCGGAGUGUUUACGGACUUGUUAUGACCAACGCCACGUCUUUUACACAAAUCAAUGCAACCUCUCUACUCGGAUUCACUGCGUUAGUGGAGUUGUUUGUGAGCAAUACUGGUCUUUCGGAAAUCGAACUCGGAGCGUUCCAGCACGCAAAACGCUUACAGAAACUUGUACUGCUUGACAACAAACUAACGCGACUGCCACCCGGUGUUUUCGACGGCCCAGAUCGUUUAAGAUAUCUGGACUUGACAGGAAAUCGUCUGUCGACCAUUGACGGCAUAUUGUUCGGACAUCCUUACAUUGAAAUGCUUAUGUUAGACAACAACCGACUCACGUCUAUUUCUCUACAAGACGAGACGGGAUUUUUCAAUUUACAUCAUAUUAGCAUCCGAAACAACUCUCUACUACACGGUAACUUUUCCAACUUGUCUGCGCUGAAGACCCUUCACCUUUCCCACAACCGUUUAACGAGUAUCGACGGGAGCUUCCUCGGUCUGUCCUCUCUUGUUGAACUUGAACUGGAUCAUAAUCUUCUUAAAAAGUUUCACCAGGAUGCCUUCGUAGAAUCGCCUGCACUCGAACACUUAAAAUUAGGGUUCAACCACCUUGAUGAAAUUGAGCCCGGGGCCUUCAGAAACAAUCUGGAUCUGAUAACGUUGCAUUGUGCCCAUAAUAGGCUGAUGUCCGUCAAUAAUAUUCUUCCACUGGACCACACGAAGUUCCAAGUUUUAAAUAUGUCACACAAUCUGCUGGCACACUUCCCACGUUUCUUACCUAGGUCGACGUCUUUCCUGCAGCUAUCGUCAAACAGCAUUAAAUCAAUUACAAGCAUGGACACGGAGCAUUAUAUCAACGUGACCGCACUUGUAUUGGAUGGCAACGCGUUGACGACCGUCGAGAGAGGCGCGUUAGCACAGAUGGUGUCGCUACGUCACGUGAUUCUACACAACAACUCACUGACCGUGUUUCCGGUUCCAAUGCCUAUGUCUGUUAAGCAAGUUCUUCUCGACAACAACAACAUAAACGAGAUCCCCGCAGACGUCUUUGCGUCAGGGACGGAAUUAGACGUGUUGUCCAUCGUGGACAAUAACGUUUCGACGAUUCCCAUGAACAUGUUUAGACCCAUUAGGAAUAUUUCCCAGAUACAUUUGGGAGGCAACCCUAUAACGGAACUUAAAGGCAACACGUUCUUGUUUUCUAAUGAUGUUCAAGUGUUGUCAAUGAAUCGAUUAAAUCUUACGGCCAUACACGCGGACUGCUUCCAAGGAUUAAAAGACGUACUCACGCUAGACCUGUCUUUCGUUCAAGUCGACGCGUCAAGGAUACAUGGUCACAUUUUUAGUAAAGUACCGAAAUUGCAAAACCUUAUAAUCCAAGAGAGUCCGGAAUUAGCGAAGUACUUUAUACAGUCAAUUGCUGCCGGCGACUUCAGCCUGGAUAAUCUAAAACACUUGAAUCUACGAAACAAUAAACUGAACAGUAUUGGCGAUGUUAACAUUAUUCUAAGUAUUGCCGGAAGUCUCCAGAGUAUUGAUCUCCAUGGAAACAUUUUUGACUGUGAUGAAAACUUAGACGUAUUAAGUCUCAAAAUCUUGGCUGGCGAUCACGUUGUUUUCCGAUCAUUCGCGUGCAAAUCGACGUUAGAAACGAACGUUCGUAAUCUGGGUGACGUUCGUAGUGAGGACAUAUACAGGCACGUUAUGGAGCUGCUGUCUGCAAGCGUCUCUAACAGCACAGAGGAUCCAGCCGUGGUAAGCACCACCGUGUACCGCAACAACGAUGACGUUUUUGACAACGAUUGGGGAUAUUUUGAUAUAUACGACUCACAAGAACACGGCGAUUACAAAGACAUUGAUCUGGAUAAAAUCGCUAUUACCGCGGCUUUUUACGAAACGACCCAUAGGGAAGACGAUGAAACUCCGGAUUACGACGACCCGACAAAAAGGUCCACUUACCCCAUAUCCUACCAUAGUACUAGCAUACAAUCCCACGAGCGUAUUACAUAUGAAGUCAGCAAAGUAACAAAACAAACAACAACGUUAAAAGCACCGAUCGGACCAACCCAAGUGACACCUCUCGACGAUGUAACAGUCAUUGCAAAUCAGUCUAAAGUAAAUUCGAGUUUCAAGACGAUUGGCAUUUCAAUCGGUACCGCUUUGUGCGUUAUCAUAAUUAUGCUGCUAAUAGCGCUGGUUGUUUUCAAAUACUGUCUAAAACGCCAUCCAGUUCGCCAGCAAAACUGUGCGGAGUAUAAACUGAACGGCAAGCGUUACGUUAUCAAAAGCGGGGCUGCCAGCACCGCUCCUAUCGCAAAACCGGAAACCAAGGUCCACCGGAAGUUGAGUCGCGCAGAACGCGGUUCGACAACGUCGCGGGCAAGCGAGGACAUCACCAACCAAGUCGACACCACAAUGAAAGUGUACACACUAGACGUUGACGUUGAUUGACUGACACGACCCAUUUGUAAAGGUUAUACAUGAAGGAACAUUCGGAUAUAAUAUUUUUUCGCACCUGUAAAAAAGUGUUUUGUUGCAAGGUCUUUUGAUAUUUAAUGCAACGGUGUAAAUACUGGAAGGCAUGUGUAUUAAAGCGACAUUUUAUUAUACUGACAUAUAUCGACAUCAUCAAAUACCACUAUUCGUAUAUUCAAACAUGUCAAAAAGGUCUUAAUAUUUGCGAAUGAGACAAUUGUGAUCCUGUACUUUGCAUAAAACGGUCAAAGUGUUCCCAUUCUCUCAAAAGAUUUUGAUCGAAUAUAGUUGCUUAUAAUACUUUUAAUAAUAUUAGUGCAUAGCGAAUUUACAUGUAAAAGAUGACAAAUGAGAUCAUAUUCUUCAAAUAAG